AUGUUACUGUUUUUUGAACUUUCUCUUCCCUGGGAGCACCCGUUUCCACUUUCCUUAAUUAUUCAGAGCCAAUAACACAAAAAGUGAAAAAUUAAUUAAAAAUAGAAAACACUUAGCACGUUUUCUACACAGUGAUGAAUGAAAGCGUAGAGCUUGCUUUGAUACACAAUUCCCACUUCCAUUGAAAUCUGGCGCAAUUCAAGAAUAGGGGAGAAAAGUGUGAAGGGAUCCACCACUUUGUUCCUCUAACGUCUUUGUUUGGCGUUAAUUGAACUGUGUAUAUAACUUCCUUUAACAUGGGAUCAUGGUAAUAAGGUUCUCACGCUUCUGUGCUUAUUGUCACGUUUUUCUUCAUUCUCUAACCCACUGUUCCAUGCCGUCCCAGAAAACAGGAAACUGAAGUUUUGAUUUUGUUCGUAAAUUUAUGAUUUUUCAAUGAUAUGAUCAUGGUUGGUUUUGUGGGGAGCUGAUUUUCUCUCGUUAUUUGAUGUGAUCUCGGCCUUUGUUUGGUGGUUUGGUCUUAUUUUUGAGAUGGGUUGUGAUUAAUUCUCUCUACAAAGAAGGAAGGGUGCCCCGUGUGGUGGAAUGGUAUGACACGUUUGUUUUGAUCUGAUUUUGACGUGAAAAGUGAGGUUUUUGAUGCGUAUAAGGUGUUUGUGAGAUUUGAUUAUGUGUGAAGGCACAGGAGUUACAAGAUCCUAAGUUUGAUUGGAAGAGAGCAGAGAAAAAAAAAACAUGCUUUCGAGGUUGGAGGAUGGGAAGGACCCUACUGCGUUAAGAACAAGUCCAUCUAGGCCCUUCCCUUUGAGACUUUUGCAGUUUUUCUUGCUCUUUUUGGUUAUUGGAUUGGGUGCUUCGUUUCUUAGCAUGUACAUGAUUAGGCAUUUCGGUAUUCAUAAUGUGACUUUGGUACAGUCUACGCUUAAGCCUUGCUUUGAGCAGCCAGCAACCAUAGAAAGUUGGACUAGGCCUCCAUCCAGUUUGCUGCAUACGAUGAACGACGCUGAACUCUUCUGGCGGGCUUCUUCUGUUCCUAGGAUCAAGAGUUAUCCUUUUAAAAGAACUCCCAAGAUUGCCUUCAUGUUCUUGACCAAGGGUCCCUUGCCAAUGGCUCCACUCUGGGAGAAGUUCUUUAAAGAGCAUGAGAAGCUUUAUUCCAUCUAUAUUCAUUCGCUGCCAUCUUACAUAGCUGAUUUUUCGCCAUCAUCGGUUUUUUAUCAUAGACAGAUCCCAAGCCAGGUGGCAGAGUGGGGAAUGAUGAGUAUGUGUGAUGCUGAAAGAAGACUUCUGGCUAAUGCAUUGCUUGAUAUCUCAAAUGAAUGGUUUGUCCUCCUAUCUGAGUCCUGUAUUCCUCUACAGAACUUCAGCAUUGUGUACCGUUACAUAUCACGUUCAAAGUACAGCUUUAUGGGUGCAUUUGAUGAACCUGGUCCUUAUGGGAGAGGACGCUACGACGAAAACAUGGCACCUGAGAUCAACAUGAGUGACUGGCGUAAGGGAUCUCAGUGGUUUGAAAUUAAUCGAGAACUCGCGGUCAGGAUAGUUGAAGACAGCACUUACUAUCCUAAGCUCAAAGAAUUCUGCACACCACACAAAUGCUAUGUUGAUGAGCACUAUUUUCAGACAAUGUUAACCAUUAAUACUCCUCGUCUUUUGGCAAAUAGGAGCCUUACUUAUGUGGAUUGGUCAAGGGGUGGUGCUCACCCAGCUACCUUUGGGAAAGAUGACAUCAAAGAAGAAUUCUUCAAGAAAAUUUUGCAACAUCAGACAUGUCUUUAUAAUAACCAGCCAUCUUCCCUUUGCUUCUUAUUUGCAAGAAAAUUUGCACCUAAUGCUUUGGGUCCUCUUUUAGAUAUAGCACCUAAAGUUCUAGGAAUUUGAAAAAUGCCUAGCAUCUGGGCUGCAUCUUUGAAGGAGCUGAUUGGAGCGUGUUAGUUAGCUAUCAGCUAACUCCAUCAUAGUCGUACAGUUCAUCUCCUUGUUCUGCGAAAAUUUUGAGUUGCUCCUCUAGUGUUUAGAUGUGUAGGACAUUGAAUCUAAACCACAUUUUAUACAAGUCGUAGCCAAAUUAUUGACUAAUAUUUUAUUGGAUUACUUCUUAAUUAAAUAAAUAUUUUAGUUUCAGAUAUCCUUUUGAAAUAUGUCUUGCCACUAAGAGUUUCCUUUUCUUUUAUGGGAACUAUAUGAUCCACUAUCACCAACAGUUGGAUAUUAUUUUGAGGCAUUAGGCAUUUGGGGAGUUUGAUUCUUUCAAUUGGCUCUUCCCUCUGAUCCAUAUUUAUGGCAUGUUUGAUUUAGUUCAAAGUUGGGAAAAUAUUUGUCUAUAUUUAUAUUUUAUGCACAUCGCCAAAUAUAUUGAAAUAUCUUAAAACCAUAAAAUAAAUAACUAGUAGUUACAAUUAAUGUGCUGGCUUAUAUUAGGUGUGCUUAAGAAUUGAGGGGGGAGGGGGCUUAAAAAAUUAUAAUACCCAUUUAGUUUACGUAAAAUUAAUUUUACACUAUUAAACAUAAUUAAAAUACACAUACAAAUUAAUCUGAAUUACAUAUUUUUAUUGGAACAUGUGUCCUUUAUUGGAGUGCAGAAUAAAUUUUUUAAUUAUAAAACAGACAAGUCCAUAAUUUAGUGAUUCAAAGCUUCACUUCCAAGUAAAAUAUUUGCAUCCUAUGAUUAUAAUUGUAUUUUUGUAAUUAAACAGUACAUGAGAAUAGUAAAACAAAAAAUAAUUUCUUCCAUAAUCAAUUUCAUUUAUUCAAAAUAACUCAAUUUUCAGUUUCCUUUUUUAUUUUGCAUAAUAAAAAGUUUUUCCUGCCACAUUGUCUUUAUUAUUCCCACUUUGUCAC